GUGGGAUUGGGAAUAGGGAAUCCCGAUAGGGAAUGUGGUGGGAUGUGUCAAAUCAGUCAAAAUAAAUCGACGGUAAUAUCCGUAAAACGAUGAAUUGUAGUAGAAAAAAAUCAAACAUAUCUUAAAUCGUACCUACGAUCCAGCUUAUCAGUACCAACAGAUGCUACCAGAAUGUCGAAUUAUUUUUACAAUAAUAAGAAACAAAAAGGUGUCAAUUAACUAUGGAUGACUACAAGUUCUUAUUCAAAGUUGUGCUUGUGGGGAACGCUGGUGUCGGUAAGACAUGCUUGGUGAGGAGAUUCACGCAAGGGCUGUUCCCUCCAGGCCAAGGGGCCACUAUUGGUGUAGAUUUCAUGAUCAAAACCGUCGAUGUUGACAACGAGAAAGUUAAACUGCAAAUUUGGGAUACAGCUGGACAAGAACGCUUCAGAUCUAUCACGCAGAGCUAUUACAGGUCAGCGCAUGCCUUAAUUUUGGUCUAUGAUAUUUCAUGUCAACCCACAUUUGAUUGCUUACCUGACUGGCUUCGCGAAAUUGAAGAAUAUGCAAGCAGUAAAGUCUUGAGAGUCCUAGUGGGGAACAAAAUUGACCGGGAAGACCGGGAAAUACCCACACAUGUAGGAGAAGAAUUUGCAGAAAGACACAACAUGUACUUUCUAGAAACCUCAGCAAAAGAAGCUGAGAAUGUGGAAAGACUCUUCAUGCAGAUUGCGGAAGAUUUGAUGAAGCAAGCGCGGAGCAGAGAUUUGCCAAGGUACGACGCCAGCACGACGAAUAUAAACGGGCGUACGUCCACAGUAAGCGAUUCCAAUUGUUGCAGUAGGUUCCAAUAGACCAACCUUCUUAAUUUAUUUUACUCAGGUUUUUCGUACUUUAUUUAUACGUAAAUUGAUACAGAUUGAAUAAAUUAUUACAAUUGGUUGUGAAUAUUUAUGAAUCGUUGAUUUUUGUAUUGUUGACAACGUUAAUAAACUGUGUUUGGAAUUGAUUGAUGCGUAAUUGUUAGAUUGUGCCAAUGUGCUUCCUAACAAUUUGUUUGUAGUAAAUUAUGUGCAAUUCGCAUUAGAGCAUUUUCAUCUCGAAGCACAGUAAACGUAAUUUUUGCAUAAUGCUACGUACGCACUAGGUGUAGUCGCCUCCAUUCCUUUCCCCAUUGAUGAAAGUGCUCUAGAAAUUUAUGUUAGCGGACAAGUGCAAUAUUUUAGUUUGGUACAAAAGCGUUUGUUUCCGAUUGCACUUACUUUUUUACAUUAUUUUUUGUAUAAAUGGUGUAGGUGAUUCGUAAGAGAUUAUUUAUUUACAUGUUUUUAGUAAUAAGCCAAAGAAUAAUCAUGUAAAAGCAACAAAAUCAUUAACACAAUAAAACUAUACACUUUUCAA